AUGAGGAUUCUGAUAGCUCUGUGUGUCAGUGGCGGCUUGUUCGCCACGCCGCCCCGACAGACGGCAUCCGAGCGCUGGCGGAUCGCUUCCUGGACGGAAAAGGAGACGCUUUCGAAUUUGCCUUUGUCUGCGACAAAGGGCGGCAAGAUCCAUAUCCGGGGCACCAGUCUGAGUGCUCUGGCUCGCGGCUUGCGGCACUAUGCGAAUGAGGUGCUUCACAUUGAUGACUUCUGGUUCUUUGAUCAGAGCCAUCACCUCCCCUGCCAUUUGCCGCCUCCCGGACAACCGAUUGCCGGUUCCAGCUCCGUUCCAUGGCGCUACAACCUCAACACUGUGACUUUUGCCUACUCUUUCGCCUGGUACCAAUGGAGCGACUGGGAGAAGCUGCUCGACUGGGCCGCCCUGCACGGCGUCAACUUCCAGCUGGCCUGGGUAGGAUACGAAAAGAUUUAUCUCGACAGCUUCCGCCAGCUCGGCAUGGCCGACGAUGACAUCCUCGCCUUUUUCAGUGGCCCGGCCUUCCAGCCCUGGAACCGCUUCGGCAACAUCAAGGGCACCUGGGGCCCCGACGCUGGCCGCCGGCCGCUGUCCCUGUCGUGGAUUGACCAGCAGUUCGCGCUCCAGAAGCGCAUCGUCGCGCGCAUGGUCCAGCUCGGCAUCACGCCCAUCCUGCCCGCCUUUCCGGGCUUCGUGCCCGACGCCUUUGCGCGCCUGCGGCCCGGCGCGGACCUCGUCCGGGCCCCCGCCUGGGGCGGCCUCCCCGCCGACAGCCCCAACACGCGCGCCCUGUUCCUCAGUCCGCUCGAUGACGCGUACGCUGAGCUCCAGCGGCUAUUCGUAGAGGCACAGAUCGAGGCGUACGGCAACGUCACCAACGUGUACGCCAUGGACCAGUUCAACGAGAUCAACCCCGUCUCCGGAGCCACCGACUACCUGUCCGCCGUGUCCCGGCGUUCGUACGCCGCACUGGCAGCCGCGAAUCCGGCCGCGGUCUGGCUUAUGCAGGGCUGGCUGUUUUACCUGAGCGAGGGGAACUUUUGGACGCAGGAGCGCAUCGAGGCGUACCUGCGCGGGCCCGAGGACAGAGCCGGAAUGGUCAUUCUCGACCUGUUUAGCGAGACGGCGCCGCAGUGGCAGCGGACGGGGAGCUACGCGGGCCGGCCCUGGAUCUGGUGCCAGGUGCAUGAUUUCGGCGGCAACCAGAAUCUUUUCGGAAAGAUUACCAACACGACUGUCAAUCCCAUGGAAGCACUGCGAGAGUCUGACUCCAUGGUCGGACUAGGUAUAGCCACCGAGGCCUACGAAGGCAACGAGGUGCUAUACGACCUCUUUUUCGACCAGGGCUGGUCCGCGACGCCGAUUGACACCGUGUCCUACUUCCACGACUGGACGACCCGACGGUACUCGGGCGUGCGCCAGCUGCCGGCCUCGCUCUACCAGGCGUGGGAGCUGCUGCGCGUCACUGUCUACGACUACCGCGCCUCGGACCUCAUCGGCGUGCCCGUGUCCGUCUACCAGCUCGAGCCCAACCUGACCGGCCUGUACAACACGACGACCGGCAAGCCGACCGCACUGCACUACGACCCCGCGGCGCUGCCGCCCAUCUGGCGCCUCUUUGUCGCCGCCGCCGCCGCCCAGCCGCGCCUCUGGGCCGAGCCCGGAUUCCGCCUCGACCUGGUCGACGUGAUGCGCCAGGUGCUGAGCAACGCCUUUGGAAGGCUGUACGCGGACCUCGUAGCGGCGUUUACAGGAGGCGCGCCGCCAUCAGAGAUAGCCCAGCGCGGCCAGAGAAUGCGCGCCGUCCUGGGCGACGUGGACGCCUUGCUGGCGACGCAGCCGCACUUCUCGCUGCGACGGUGGCUGAACGCGGCUCGCGCGUGGGGGGAGAGCACGGGAGAGAAUGCAGCGAUCGCGUACGAGGCGCGCAGCCAGGUGACCAUUUGGGCGCCCGGGACGCUCCUCAACGACUACGCGGCCAAGGCGUGGUCCGGGCUCAUCGCGACGUACUACGACGAGCGCUGGCGCAUCUUUGUGGACAGACUGGUGGACGCGGCAGAGAAUCAUGGCGGAAGGCUGGAUUUUGCAGCGCUUCACAAGGAGAUGAGUGAGUUCCAGACGGCGUGGCAGACCAAAGGAUACGGCGUUGAGGGCGAGGCUGCAGCCGACAGCGCGGCAGACGUGCAGGCUCUUGUUGACUCGAUCAAACAGCGUUGGCAGGAUAUAUUUUGA